AGAUGUUUCUUGGUGGGAGAGAAUGGUGAUUUAGCUUUUGAUGGCAAUGGGAAGAGGAUCAUGGGUUUGUACUUUGUUCACUCAGGUGGCUCUCUGCUUUGCUCUUUACGUUGUUCUCAACACGGGACAGUUCCAGAGGUCUCUCUAUGGCGACAAUGAUUCUGUGGACACGUAUUUCAUCAGUGUUUCAGGGGGUUUUAGGCCUCUUCAGGAACAGAUCCAUCUUCUCAAGCAGAUGGAGAUGGUUGCAAAGAAGAACAGAGCUAAAUUUGUGAUCAACAUUAGUGAACUUGGAGAAGGUGAUCCACUCGUGCAAAAUGCAACCCAGUAUUACCAGUCACUAGAAGUUCCAUGGUAUACAGUUCAAGCUUUGAAAGGACAAAGUGGAAAUUACUACUUUAAACACAUUGAAGUCACGCAUGGACGUACCUUAGACCUUAUUGCUAUAGAUACUACAUUAUAUCAGGAUGUUUCAAGCAGUAAGAAAGAGGAGCAACUAAAAUGGCUGAUAAACAUACUUGAAGACAGCCAAAGUUAUUGGCACAUUGUUGUGGGUUUUCAUCCAUUGGUAGCCUGUGGUGAAGAUGUUAAGGACAGGAAAAUAGAGAAAAGCUUUGAGCCUUUAAUUCAUAUAUUUCUCAAAUAUGGAGUGAAUGCGUAUCUUAGCAGGAAAGGUUGUAAUAACUAUGUCCAUAAAGGUGAUCUUGAUGAUUCGAGCAAUGUAAGUCCUGUCUAUGGACCAGACAUGAUAUCAGCAAAUCAAGAAUUCCUUUACAGCAUGGAAAUAACAAAUGGUUUCCUUCUCCAUAAAGUCACCGAUUUAGAAAUUGUAACCUACUUCGUUACCUCUGAAGGGGAUUUCGUGCGAAAGGUUGCUCUUCAACCAAGGGGUAAAGCAAAUAUGUAGUAGUGUUCAGGAAGUGACUCAUUGUCUAUCACUCUAUUCUAUUCUUUCAGUGCCUUCACUCCAUUUAUAUCCACAGUUUCCCUUCUUGUCAAUUUGAUUCUUUUAGUUGUCAUAUUUGGUUUUGCGGAUUUAGGAUUAUGUUCUUUGUAGCGAAUAUUUGUAAGUUCUUCCAAAAGCUUUUAGAGUAUAUGUAUUGUCACCUGCUCUCUUCAUCAACUAGAUAACAAUCUCUAAGUUAAUAAAAUUGUAAUUUCUCAUGCA